UUUUUUGUAGAUAUAAAAACCGUGUGAAUACAAGACAAUUAGGUGCCAGAACAGCAAAUACAAGUAGAAUGAAAAGCCGCGUUGCUUUGAUUGGACCUUUGGUCACCACGCUUCUUUUGUUGGGCGCCACUGCCAACGAAAUCCGUCAGCCGCAUUUGAAGAAUGGAAAAAAUGUGCUUUUGCAAAUAGUUACGCCCGAAGAAAUGAAUAAAAUACUUAACGAAAAUCCGGACGCUAUAGAGAUGACUGCAACAAGGACUCGGGUUGAAGGUCGUGAAAUGCAAUCACAAGGCAAAGCUCAAAUCACUUAUACUUUGGGUACCGCAAGAGCUCCAGGUGAUCGCCUCGUAUCGAGUGACUCGAGCACAAAUGACUUCAAUGUUCCUACUACCUUGACUGCCAAAACGCGUUAUCCUAGCAGUGGUACGGGUGCAGUUGUUACAUAUGUUCAAAUCAAUGUGUACCAAAGUAAUGAUAACGGACGUGCUUAUGUGACAUCUGGUGGCAUUGGUUCGACACACAUUGCGGUGGCAGUGGAAGCGGUGAAAACUUAUUACUUUGAUUUUUAUUCAUAUAUUUAUGGGAAAUAAAUUAAGAGUAUGCAAAUGACAGGGCAAGGAAUGCAUGGAAAUUAGGGUGGUGCUCAAAAGUUAAGAUUUCUUUUACGAAUUUUUAGGGGUCGCCAACAGGAUUUACAAACAUUUAAAUUUUUUUUAAAUGAAAAAACUCGACAAACAUUUUAAUUAUAACCUGAUAAGUUCGGCAUAUUACUCAAACUUAUUCAUAUUAAUUUAAGAAAUCGCUGAUUUAUAGCUGGGCAAAGUAAAAAUUUUGGCGAUAUUUUGCUAUUAAAAUAUAUUUUAAAAUUUUCGUGGAAGUGUUUAUUUUGUACGCAGAACAAAACAAAGGAGUUCACCAUGAUAUUUUUAUUUUUAAGGACCAAGCUUUUGAAUGUUCAUAAAAAAAUACAUAACCAAUAAAUAUAUGUAGGUUAUUGCCGUCGUUUUUCAACCUCAUUUUUUCCCGGUUUUCAUAAAUUCAAAGCUGUGCAUAUCAUUUUAAAACUUAGUAUUUAUUGCAGUGGCUGUCGCAGGACUACUUAUACAUGUUUUUCUUUAAUUAUUUACAAUACACUAAUUACAUUAAAUGUACAUAUUUAAAGGUUUUUACUUAUAUUCAUAU